AUCAUACACAAACUGCAACGAUCCCGUGCAUCCUUCAAGCUUCCUAAGCUCUUUAUUACUCUAUAUCUCAGUCUAGUAUCUGAACGAACUACCACCGGAUUGCGAUCAAGCGCCACGCCAGAAGGUCUUGCGAGCCAUGACGUAUGAUAACGACGUGGAAGACAGAGCUACUUCGGGCUCGCGAACGCCACUACUAGGGAGCUCAUCACAUCAGAGAAUAGGAAACGAGCGAGAUGGCGAUAGGUUGACAUUCGUACACAUACUGCAGUUCUUUGGUGGAGGCAUUUAUGCUCCAGACGAGACUACCUAUGACCCUCUCGAGAUUUUGCUCAAUACCGAGGAUGAAGACGAUAGAGACGAACUUACCAUCAAAUGGCGAGACAACAAGCUCAGUGAAUUGAACUUUGUGGGUGUCGUGGCUGCACUGCUUGCUGGAGUUCUCACAUCAACCGGUAGCUGGCCGAACAUCUUGCCCAAUGGGCAAAAGUCGCCAUGGUCCGUACGCACGUCGUGGUACUGCGGCAUAAUCCUGUCGCUUUUCAGCAUCCUUACGGCAGCCGAUCAAACUGUACGACUACAUCGGCUCUCCUCGCACCGUGAUGGUCUCGAGAAUAUCCGUAAGCUACUGUCUAAGACAAACGGCGAGAGGAGCCAUAGUUCAAAGACUGGCCGUCGAACACCCAGUCUACUCCAAAUCUUCACUUGGCAAAUGCCUGUUAUGUUUUUGACCUCUGCAACUAUAUGUAUGAUUGUCGGAAUGUUCCUACACGUGUGGUCUGCGACGUCACACUUGGAUUCUCCCUCUUUGUGGGACGACAACACGAAGGUCGCUGUUACAUAUAGCGCCGUCGCUGUCGCCUCGAUCGCGAUUUUCUUCCUUGGACAAGUCUCACUCUUUGUGCCGCUUCGAAAGUAG